GGGUGGACGAGGUUGAUGACACGCGACGCAUACCGCGAAGAGAUAAGAUAACAUUCUGACCGGUGGCCUCUCGAAAAGCGGUCCAAUUAGAGCGCGCGUCCAGUGCGUUGCGAAAGGUGAAGUGUGAGCUAAGGUUUGUCCACCGUGUCCCGUGAUCCAUCCUGAAUCCCGGCGGAGCGCAGCGUGAUGGAGUUUGUGCUCGGUGGCGCCUCGUCGAUGUGCGCCGUGCUGUUCACGAACCCGUUCGACGUGCUGAAGACACGCCAGCAGCUCGAAGGUGAGCUGAUAGCACGCACGAAUCUCACCCGCCGCUCGUACAACGGUCUGCGGCAGUCCUUUCUCACCGUCGUCCGGACCGAUGGUUGGCGCGGCCUACAGAAGGGUCUGCCGGCCGCCCUGAUCUACCAGUUCACGAUGAACAGUGUCCGGCUGGGGACGUACCAGACGGCGGAGAAUCUCGGCUGGACCCGCAGCACGUCCAAUCCGUCCCUCACCCCACUGCUGACGUUCUUCUGGGGAGCAUUCGGCGGGCUGGCCAGUGCCACGGCUUCCUGCCCCGCGUAUGUGGUCAAAACGCAACUGCAGGCCGUCUCUUCCGGUGCGUACACGGCCCGGUUUCAGCAUCACCACCGGGGCACGGUGUCCGCCUUUGUCAACAUUUACCGCCAAAGUGGAGUCCGAGGUCUGUUCCGCGGGAACACGGCCAGCAUAGCCCGGCUCACCGUCGGCUCGUCGGCUCAGAUGUGCUCCUUCAGUGCGUGCAAAGAGUUCCUGCUCCGGUACGACCUCUUCCAGCAGUCGAUCGUACUGACGGCCCUGGCCAGCAGUACCGUGGCCGGGUUCUUUACCAGUGUCUUCAUGUGCCCGUGCGAUGUCGUGACGACUCGCAUGACCAACCAAGCCGUCAACGCCAGUGGUCGCGGUUUACUGUACGGCAACAUCUUCGACUGCUUCUUGAAGAUAUUCCGCGCCGAGGGCCUGCACGGCUACUACAAGGGGUUCGUGCCGAUGUAUCUGCGCGUCGCCCCUCACACGGUGCUUAACCUAACGUUCUGGGAGUUCUUCAAGGGCCUAUACGACCGCUACUCCCAGCAACAACACGGACAUUAGCGAGAUCUGCCGGUGUGUGUUUGUCUGAAGGUUGACCAAAUUAUCGUGUUGAACAUCCUUAAGUUCUGUGCCUUGUUAUUGUAGAUACAGAGUUAUCUUAUCAGUAUCGGUCUUAUCAGCUUGCACACGCACACCCAUGGAGAAAUGUUGGACUGAAGGAGCACCAUGAGAGC